AUGUUAAGUAGUAAUAAUAAUGAUGAUAAUAAUGUAGUUCAUAUCAUUGUUAUGGACCAUAAAUCUAUUGAGCGGAUUUUCAGAUGGGAGAGUAAAAGACCGGUUGUUGAAUAUGGAAGAUUCCGAGGCCGAAAACGGGAACGAGUUCACUACCGACUGCCGAGCCUAUUACCGCUCCGCAUCUAA